AUGGAUUCGAACGAAUGUAGGAGAGCUGUAGCUGCAAAAUGGAGUAACGUGGAUUAUCGUUCUUUGGGAACUGACAAUUAUGAUUCCAGUGCUUCUAGUACGGAUAUAGAGGAAAAUGUUCGACCAAUAAAAAGAUUGAAGCAAGAGGUCAUUGAUCUUACUAGUGAUGAUGAAAAUCAGGAAGAGGAUAUUUCUUCACCAUUCAAGUUAGUAAAGUCUGAUGUUUAUGACUCGAAUGUGAACUCUGCACAUUUUAUCACUUUUAAAGAGAUAUUCGGUGACAAGAGGCUCAAGAAAUCAAUUUUGUUUAGUUUCCAGUAUGAAUUAGAUUUUCUAUUCGAGCAAUUCUAUUCUGGAGUAAGAGAAAUUGUGAUUGUAGCUCAAAAGGGUACAAUUCGGCCCUGUACUACUCAAAAGGGUAUUUCGAUGGUAGAUCGACUGUCGGUUAUUGAAUUCUUCAUGCCGCAGUACACCUGUCACCACUCAAAGAUGAUUUUGAACCUUUACGAUGACGGUUCUUGCAAGAUGUUUCUGCCAUCCAAUAAUUUUACAUACGCGGAGGCUAAUUAUCCACAGCAGGUCUGUUGGUGUAGUCCUAAUCUACCGCCUUCGCGAAGCGGUUAUACAGAGGGUGCUUCAGAAUUUCACGACGAUUUAAUCGAGUACUUGAAAGUUUACCACAAUAAAGAGAUUGUGCAAAAAAUUGUGAAAGACGUCAAGCUAUUGGAUUUCACUCCCUUAAAAGAUGUGACUUUCAUCUUUUCAGCCCCGACAAAGGAUCUUACUACUGGUUUUCAAUUACUGUCCCAGAGACUUUCUGAUCAUAGAAAGCCCGCAGAGUCAAAGAAUAGCACUAAUCAUUAUCUUUGUCAGACUUCUACGCUGGGCGCUGCAAUUUCCAAGAAGACACACGCCAACUUGUUCACCCAUGUAUUUAUACCAAUUCUUCACGGAAUAACCUCGUUAAAAUCCAAGCUUGUUGAUACCGAGACCCUAGGUGGGCUCUAUCGGGCGCACAAUAUCACACCUUAUAUCGUAUAUCCGACGGUCGAAGAAAUAAGAACUUCACCAGUUGGAUGGCUAUGCUCAGGAUGGUUCCAUUUCAAUUACAAUAGAGAUAUGGCACAUUACAACAUGCUGGCCGAAGAACUGUCAGUAUUUUACAAGCAAGACCCCAAGUUUUUGUCAGCUAACAGAAAGGCUACACCUUCACAUUCGAAAUUUUACAUGAAAUCCACCAUAAGUGACGACUCCAACCCUUUCAAUAACCUUGAUUGGUGCCUUUACACAUCAGCAAAUCUGAGCCUGACUGCAUGGGGAUCUGGUACAGCAAGACCAAGAAAUUACGAGGCCGGUGUGUUGUACAAAUCUGGGCGCAAACCAUUAGUUUGCAAAAGCUUCACCAAUGUCGUAUAUAAGACAAGUCGCCAAGAGAUUGUCUCUGAUAACUCUCAGAUUGUUCUGGUCCCAUUUACGCUUCCCGUGGUCAAGUAUGAAACGGCACAAGACGAAGCUUUUUGUAUGGCAAAGGAUUAUAAUCUCCUAGACAUUCAUGGCAUACCAUAUCAGCAUCAUUGA